AUGAGUUCAGCUAUCAGUACCGGAAAUGCUCUUUACAUCCAGAACGGCACGGACCCUGUCUCGCACUCCAUUCACAUCCCAAUGAGGGAGACUGGUCUGGCAACCACCAGCUGGACCAAGGGGCAUUGCUUUGCCUACAUGGGCAUGCACUAUUGGCACAACCUCACCGCUGACAUGAGCUGCGAAUAUUUCUUCCCGGCCUUCCUUCUGUACAACAAGGGGGCGCUGACGGCCUUCGGGUGGGCCACGGGCCUGGGCCUGACCUCCAAGCGCUUUGAGCAUCCGCCUCACGCCGCCUUCUCGUCUUUUCUGAAUCCCGUGCCGCUGUGUCUGAACCAAUACGCCCAGCUGUCCACCAUGCACAUCUACUUCACCUCUGACCCCACCGCCAUCGCGUGCUGAAGGCUGACAGGUGAUCUCCCCUGCCCGAUACCAGCACACGGAGAUGGCUUGUCAAAGGGAGAUAACUUGCUACUUGCUGUACUGUCAGGACAUGUCAGUCACCCAACAUCUGGCGGAAGUUGCAUUUAAUUGGUGUUCCCCAUGAGCACAUGUACAUCAUUGUAGGAGUCUUGUGACAAUUAUCUAAGCUAUGCUAAUGAGGAUUUAAAAAAAUUAGUUUGGAGAUGAAAAAAAAUCUCAAAAUGAAAUUAACGAAAAAACUUGAGUCGUUUUAGGGGAUGUGGAGUUUGUAUACCUAUUUCUUUUUUUUACCCCACCAUCAACUAAAAUCCUGCCAGAUAUCUACGAGUUCGACAAAAAUUCCGUGCACUUAUACUUCUGCUGUUUGUCGUUGUUCCCUGUCUACAUUAAAGAAUUUCAAUAAAAAAAAA